AUGUCAUGGGUAGCCGCUGCACAGAAGGGAAAGUGUGUGGCACCGGCAUCCACCGAACCAAAGCGGGUUGUCUUCGCUCCUGCAGUGGACGUUGUCGCUGGUGACAAUGAUGAAGCUGGGCAUUUUGGUGCUUGCAGGACAAUUUGUUACGGUGUGGGGGCAACGGUCCCUACGUACCGAAAGGGUCUCCUUGUUCUUGAUGCUAAUGCAUUUAUCAAAGGGAUGGACAACUUCAACGACGUGGCGGAUGCAUUGGUGACGACCUCGCAGGUUGUCGCGGAGGUGCGGGACCGGGCCGCCCGUGACUUGCUGGGUCGCCUUCCACAGGCCCUACACGUCUUGGAGCCCUCAAAGGAGGCAUUAGAAGCUGUUGUGAACGUCGCAGAGAGGACGGGUGAUUUGGGAGCCAUGAGUAGAACCGACAUCCGUCUUUGUGCAUUGGCAUUGGACUGCUGCAGGGCCACCGAAUCUUUGAUGGCACCUAUUGAACCACGGCAGGCAAUUAUUAAUCCUGGUGGCGAUCACGGAACGGAAAUAGUGACUGAGGCAGUCACAGGUGACGCCGAGGAGGAGGGGGAGGAGACUGAGGUGGAAGAGGAAGAGGAAGAGGAGGUGGAGGAGAAAAAAGAAGGCGACGACGACGACCAGGGGUGGAUCACCCCGGAGAACAUCCACAAGCACCUCCAAGGAUGCGAGGGGGCGGUUGGGGAGCGUUUUGACGGCGGUGUUGCAUGCGUCACCUCCGACUACGCGAUGCAAAACACCCUGAAACACCUAGGGGUCCCCAUUGUUGGGCCACACGGCAUGCGCAUUCACGAGCUCCGUCAGUGGCUGCUGCGCUGCACCUCCUGCUUCGCCCUCACAACGGACACAACGCGACAGUUUUGUGGCAUGUGUGGCAGUGGGAACACGCUGAGACGCGUGCAGUACGUGGUGACGCGCGACGGCAAAAAGCAGCUAUUUAUCAACUUUUGCAAGCCCAUCAGCACGCGCGGCACGAUCUACAACCUCCCAAAACCGCGUGGAGGAAAACGUGGGACAAACCGCUGCCUCGUACUGCGAGAGGAUCAGCUGGCACACGUCAUCCGCGGCACAACAUCCGCCAAGCUGAAGGAGAAACAUGUGGCACGUGGCGGCGACGGCAGCAACGACGAUGAUCUGGCGGCGUUUGGGCAGGCCCCAAAGCCGCAUAGGCGAGACGUGAAUCAGCCGCGUAUGUUUUCCUCCUAUCACAAGUACAACGUGAAUGAGAAGAAGAAGGUCCGUGCUUCCAGACGGAAGUAG